AUGGUGCAGUCGUGUUCCGCCUACCGCUGCCGGAACCGAUACGACAAAGAGAAGCCCAUCUCUUUCCACAAGUUUCCUCUUACAAGACCUGAUCUUUGCAAGAAAUGGGAAGCUGCUGUUAAAAGGAAAAACUUCAAGCCAACCAAGUACAGCAGUAUUUGUUCAGAACACUUCACUCCUGAUUGCUUUAAAAGGGAAUGCAACAACAAGCUUCUAAAAGAAAAUGCUGUGCCCACAAUAUUUUGUUAUACUGAACCCAGUGAAAAGCCUGAAGAACUUGCAGAACAGCCAGAAGAUCCACUACCUCCUCCUCCUCCUCCACCACCACCACCUCCACCACCGCCACCAGCAGCUCCAGUACUACCACCAUCUCCAUCAACUCCUCCUUUUCAUUUGUCUCAAAUAGAUGCCAGAUUUGUAGACCCAAGUAUUGGAUUAUUGAUGCCUCCUCUCCAGACCCCUAGCAAUCUUGCUGUUUUUUGUGAUCACAACUAUACCGUAGAGGAUACAGUUCAUCAGCGAAAAAGAAUUCAGCAGCUGGAGGAACAAGUUGAAAAACUGCGGAAAAAGCUCAAGACAGCGCAACAGCGAUGUCGGCGUCAAGAAAGACAAAUUGAAAAACUGAGAGAGAUUGUUCAGUUUCAGAAAGAAAAAGACAUAUUGGCAGGGAAAGGCUAUGUGAUUCUUCCCAAUGACUAUUUUGAAGUUGUAGAGGUACCUGCCUAGAAGUCAUGAACAUCACUUUUCACCUUUCUAGGCCAACAAAUUUAUUUUAAAAACUAAACACUCUCUAAUUCUGUGUAAGUCUCCAGAGUCCUAAGCCAGUAAACAAGCAGUCGUACAAAUGAGAUCACAUU